UUCAAUAGCAAACUUUGAAGUUUGAACCAGUCUAUUAUUUUAAUUAAUUUUUAAUUUCACAUAUAUAUUGUAUCAUAAAAAGAAUCUUGUUUAAUUUCAUUCUAACUUGAUUCCUUCUUUAAUCCCGGUUUUUUUCUGAAUUGGGGUACGAUAAUAAUGGAUCUCCUAUUUCUGCACGUAGCUGGAUUUGCCACUGAUCUAGUGAAGGCUGUUAAUUCCUAUGCUUUGAUCGUUUUUGUCAUAUUAAUAAUAUUUAUACUGGAAUCAGUGGUAUUGGACCCUGAGCGGUUGCCCUUUUGGCCUACCCCUAGGGCCGGGCCUGACUUCGAGAACUAUGCUGGCCUUAUCAGAGUACAACGAAUUGAGUGGAUCAAACGUGUCAUCUCGAACUCGAAGGUCAUUGCCCUUUGUAUCGGAGCCGUGUCUUUGUAUGUUGUUCUCCGUUUGGGAAAAAUUGCUGGCGAUCAAACAAAUGACUUUGUCACAAUUGGCAUAUCAGCACUUUCAGUGUUUGUUUUUGUAGGAGCUGCUUUUGUAUUAGCUAAAUUCCAAUGUAAUUGGGAGCGUAAUUCAGAGCUGCUUUUUGUCAGGGCCUUUCCUGGGGCCGGUAAGGAUAUCGCCGUUUAAGGCCCGACAUAUAUAGAGUUUAUUUUUAAUGUAAUUUAUGAGUUUAUAGUUGACGUUUUAAGGAAGAAUUUAUGUUUAAGAGAAGAGAAAGAAGAUGAAUUUUGGACAAAAAAAACAUUAUUUCAAUAUAAAAGGAUUUGUCUUUAUUAUUUU